GGAGCUCAAGGCUGGGGGUGGGGUCCGCCUAGGUUCCCGAGGCGCGGCCGAAGCUGACCCCAAGGCCCGGGAGUGGAGGGGAGCUAGACGCCGCCCCCGCUGGCGCCGGGAAGCGUCGCUCCUUCUCGCUGACCUUGGUCUCGCUUGUCGCCUCGCCCUUGGCCACAGGCACUGACGGACGCAGGGCCCGGGUGACGGAUAGAUAGGCUCCUGGACGGACGGAGACCUAGGACUUAGCACACAAACUACCCCAGCCUUUCCUGCCGGCUCCAGGGCUCCCUGUCAUCCCCCACCUCAAAGCCGGGGCCAUCCAGCCCAGGGUUAAUGCCAACGAGUUUCCACCUCCAGCCGCUCCUAGAGAGGCCGUGGCGCUAGCCAGCGGGGGAAACUGGCCGCGGACGGACACUUCCUGUGCGGGGGGGAGGGGGGAGGGGGUCGGACAGCCGCAGCCCAGCCCGGGCUGGGGGGCCAGACGGCGGGGUCGCGGGCGGGGAGCGGCGUCCGGGGGCGGCAGGGCGAGUCGUGAAGACCCUCGCCUCCGAGGCCACGACGCACGGGGGCCUUGGAGGGCCCCAGGGCAAGGCGAGACCUUGUGGGUGGGGGCGGGGCCGCGGGUAGGGGAGGGGCCCGGCCGGCCAGAGAGGCCCGGGGUCAAGACGUCCGGCCUCAGGGGCCCGGUCUGGGCAGCCGGGUCCCCUGGGCGGCGCUGAGCAGGCGGGCGGCGAGGGCACGGGUCUCAGGGUACUCAGGCCUGGUCGCAGGAUCGUCCGCCAUCGCCGCCGCCGCCGUACUGGGAGCCGGCGGGGAUGGAACGGGAGGCGUCGCCGUGGGGCCUUGAGCCCGGGGAUGUGCAAAGUCCUGACGAAGUGGGGAGCCCCGAAGGGUCCCUCAAAGGCAACAUGAGUGAGAAUGAGGAAGAAGAAAUGUCUCAACAAGAAGGCCCUGGGGACUAUGAGGUCGAAGAGAUACCCUUUGGGCUUGAACCCCAGAGCCCUGGGUUUGAGCCACAAAGCCCCGAGUUUGAACCCCAGAGCCCCAGGUUUGAGCCUGAAAGCCCAGGUUUUGAGUCCCGAAGCCCUGGGUUUGUGCCCCCAAGCCCUGAAUUUGCACCCAGAAGCCCUGAAUCAGAGAGUCCUGAGUUUGAACCCCAAAGUCCUAGGUAUGAGCCCCAAAGCCCUGGGUAUGACCCCAAGAGCCCUGGAUAUGAACCCCGGAGCCCUGGGUAUGAACCCAAGAGCCCUGGGUAUGGACCCCAGAGCCCUGGGUAUGAAUCCCAGAGCCCGGGAUAUGAGGCCCAGAAUCCUGAGUUCAAAACCCAAAGCCCUGAAUUUGAAGCUCAAAGUUCCAAAUUUCAGGAAGGUGCAGAGAUGCUUCUCAAUCCUGAGGAAAAGAAUCCCUUGAGCAUCCCCUUGGGAGUCCACCCCUUGGACUCCUUCACGCAGGGGUUUGGGGAGCAGCCCACAGGGGGCCUGCCCCUAGGGCCACCUUUUGAGAUGCCCACAGGGGCCCUGCUGGCCACACCCCAGUUUGAGAUGCUCCAGAAUCCCCUGGGCCUGACAGGGGCCCUUCGGGGGCCAGGCCGGCGGGGUGGCCGGGCCAGGGGUGGGCAGGGCCCUCGGCCUAAUAUCUGCGGCAUCUGCGGGAAGAGCUUUGGGCGGGGCUCCACCCUGAUCCAGCACCAGCGCAUCCAUACGGGUGAGAAGCCCUAUAAAUGUGAGGUCUGUAGCAAGGCCUUCUCCCAGAGCUCUGACCUCAUCAAACACCAGCGCACCCACACGGGCGAGCGGCCCUACAAGUGUCCCCGUUGUGGCAAGGCCUUCGCCGACAGCUCUUACCUGCUUCGCCACCAGCGCACCCACUCUGGUCAGAAGCCCUACAAGUGCCCGCACUGUGGCAAGGCCUUCGGUGACAGCUCCUACCUCCUGCGGCACCAGCGCACCCACAGCCACGAGCGGCCCUACAGCUGCCCCGAGUGCGGCAAGUGCUACAGCCAGAACUCGUCCCUGCGUAGUCACCAGAGGGUGCACACCGGGCAGAGGCCCUUCAGCUGCGGCAUCUGCGGCAAGAGCUUCUCGCAGCGCUCGGCCCUCAUCCCCCACGCCCGCAGCCACGCCCGCGAGAAGCCCUUCAAGUGCCCUGAGUGCGGCAAGCGCUUUGGCCAGAGCUCGGUGCUGGCCAUCCACGCCCGCACGCACCUGCCGGGCCGCACCUACAGCUGCCCCGACUGCGGCAAGACCUUCAACCGCUCGUCCACGCUGAUUCAGCACCAGCGCUCGCACACGGGCGAGCGGCCCUACCGGUGCGCCGUGUGCGGCAAGGGCUUCUGCCGCUCCUCCACGCUGCUGCAGCAUCACCGGGUGCACAGCGGCGAGCGGCCCUACAAGUGCGAUGACUGUGGAAAGGCCUUCUCGCAGAGCUCCGACCUCAUCCGCCACCAGCGGACCCACGCAGCCGGCCGGCGCUGACCUGGGGCCCCGCCCGGGGUGGGGAGGUGGUGGGCACAAGAGAAGGGGCCAGGGAGCUAGGGAAAAACCUUUAGAGGGGAUAGUGGGAAAGCUGGGGGGAGGAUGGAGGAGUCUAGGGCCAGGGUGCCGGAAGUUACGUGCCCUGGAGACUUAUGGGAAAUGGGCUAUGAAGAGGGGUUGGAGAGAGGCCAGGCAGGCAGUGGGAGGUUCUGGGAGAGAUCCAGGAGAGAGGUCAGCAGAGAGCUGGCCUCGGUGGCAGCAUGCCCCGCGGUGGGUGCCUGGCAUGGCAAAGCGCUA